AAUAAAUAUUUAAAAACAAGAAAACAAAAACAGGAAAUAAUUGUUUAAAAAAAUAAUAAUAAUAACAUAUAAUUAUUGUAGGCGAGGUAUAAUAAAAUCAGUCAGAACGUUGCAGUGUAAAGUAUAUCCAAGUCCGGGCGCAGCCCGAAGUGUAUGGGAACUACCAGUUCAGGCUUCUUGCAACAUGGUAGCCGAUGCAGACCAUUCAGCCCCAACAGUGAAUGAUGCCAAAGAUACGAAUAGUGUCUCUUAUGGAGACACAAAUGAUGUGUACAAUGAAAAAGGGUUACGAACAAUUUUCGAUGUGGUCAAAACUGGUGAUGUGGUCGAAGUUGAAUCACUUAUUGAAAAACUUGGAUCGCAAAUAUUACGAGCUCGUGACGAAUGGGGUUACACUCCAGCCCAUUGGGCUGCAUUGGACGGGCACGUAGAAAUAAUGCGGUACUUGGUUGAACAUCAAGCUCCAAUUGAUUUAUCAUGUUUGGGUACACAAGGACCAAGGCCCAUACAUUGGGCUUGCAGAAAGGGACAUGCAGCAAUAGUGCAAAUACUUUUACAAGCCGGAGUUGCUGUGAAUGCUGCUGAUUUUAAAGGAUUAACACCUUUAAUGACCGCAUGUAUGUUUGGUCGAACAGCUACUGCGGCAUUUUUAUUAGGCAUGGGAGCGUUAAAUCAUCUUGUGGAUAUUAAUGGAGAUACGGCCUUACAUUGGGCUGCAUAUAAAGGUCAUGCUGAUUUGAUACGUCUUUUGAUGUAUUCGGGAGUUAAUCUGCAAAAAGCUGACCAUUUUGGAUCAACACCUUUACAUUUGGCAUGUUUAUCGGGGAAUGUUACAUGCGUUAAAAUUUUAUGCGAAAAGAGUAAUAUCGAUCUGGAUCCAUUGGACAAAAAUGAUAAAACGCCAUUAAUGUUGGCAAGAAGUCACCGUCAUACAGAUAUUGUUCAAGUUUUGGAGAGUGAAAAGAAAAGACGUUCACGUUGGUUCCCGCCAAUAUCUGAAAUUUGGGGAUUGUUAUUUGGAGCUGCUGGUGAUUCAAAAGGACCAUUAUUGUUAUUUAUAACAUCUGUACUUCUGUGGGGUUAUCCAAUGUAUUUAAUCAGGUGCGUUCCAAUCACAUGGAAUAUUCUACGCGGUUCCCAUUAUUGUUUCAUAUUCUGGAAUGUUGUAAUGUGGCUGAGUUGGAUAAUAGCAAAUCGUAAAAAUCCUGGAUACGUUCCAUUAAAUUCUGAAACAUAUUAUCGAACAAUUAAACAAAUACCAUACUAUGAUAAAUGGAAAAAACGGAAUGUGAUUUUAUCACGAUUAUGUCAUAGUUGUCGAUGUUUACGACCGUUACGUGCGAAACAUUGCCGAAUAUGUAAUCGUUGCGUAUCAUAUUUUGAUCAUCAUUGUCCAUUUAUUUAUAAUUGUGUUGGUGUACGAAAUCGUAUGUGGUUCUUUUUGUUUGUGAUGAGUGUAGCGAUUAAUUGCUCGUAUUCGAUAUAUUUUGCCUUGUACUGUGUGGCUAUCGAAGGUUUCGAAAUGCUUUAUGUACUUGGUUUAAUUGAAUCGUUUGUAUUCUGUGCCUUGGGAUGGAUUUUAACAUGUACUUCGGUUCUACAUGCUUGCAUGAAUUUAACCACAAAUGAAAUGUUCAAUUACAAACGUUAUCCAUAUUUACGUGACAAGCGUGGGAGAUAUUUAAAUCCAUUUUCACGUGGACCAUUUUUAAAUUUACUAGAAUUCUUCUUUUGCUCAUCGGAAACUUACUACGAAGAGGAUUAUCUAUUGGAAGAGCUUAUUUGAUUGAGACCUGAAUGCACAAACAGCACACCAUGUAGACUGAAUAAUCAUGCUACAAAAACGACAACGUCUUAGUAGAAGGUUGUUACAAAUUAAAUUGUAGCGAUUUGAUACAAAUUGUUAAUACGAUUUCGUCAAUUAUUUUUUUAUAAAGACAUGUCACGAUGGAAAAAUGUGUCUUUAGGAUACAAUAUUUUAGUACAAGGGUUAUGAGAUCUAAAACCAAUGUCAUUUUCGCAAAAUUCGAAAAUUUGAUAAAAUAGUUUCUUUGGGUAUAACUUUAGUUCGAAACAUUUCUUGAAAAACGAAUCAAUUCGAAUAAAUCCGCUGUAAAAA